GGGAGAGGAGAGCUAGCGAGUUGAGGGAUUGACACAAAUGGUCAGGCGGCGGCGGAGGAGGAGGAGGCGGAGGCGCAGGGGGGAGCCGAGGCUGCUGGGCUGCCGAGAGUUGCGCGCUCUACCCGGCCGCCGCCACUAGCGCGGCGCCGCCAGCCGGGAGCCAGCUAGCCGAGGGCCAGGAAGGCGGGACGCGACCCCGGCGCGCCCGAGCCACCCGGGCUCUCCCCGCAGCCCGCGCUUCAUGAAUCGCAAGUUUCCGCGGCGGCGGCGGCUGCGGGACGCAGAGCGGGAGCCGGUGGAGAGGGCCGAGCACUGCUCGGGCUCGACGGAGGGCACCGGCAGGGAGGAGAUCGCCCCGGCCUCAGGGGAAGCAGCCGCCGGCCGCGCCACAGCCAGCCCCAGCCGAGAGGCGCCAAGAAAGGAGCCGAGAAAGUAUGGCUGAGGAGGAGGCGCCUAAGAAGUCUCGGGCCGCCGCCGCCAGCGGCGCAAGCUGGGAACUUUGUGCCGGGACGCUCCGCACUGGACCGGUGGCGGAGGGGAGCGGGGACGUGGGCAGCCGCCGCCGUCCCCCCCGAGUUGACUCCGGGCGCUUGGCGCGCGGAGUGCUACUACUGAUUUGGCUGCUGGAGGCUCCGCUGCUGCUGGGGGUCCGGGCGCAGGCGGCCGGCCAGGGGCCCGGGCCGGGGCAGCAGCCCCCGCCGCCUCAGCAGCAGCAGAGCGGGCAGCAGUACAACGGCGAGCGGGGCAUCUCCAUACCGGACCACGGCUACUGCCAGCCCAUCUCCAUCCCGCUGUGCACGGACAUCGCGUACAACCAGACCAUCAUGCCCAACCUGCUGGGCCACACGAACCAGGAGGAUGCGGGCCUCGAGGUGCACCAGUUCUACCCGCUAGUGAAGGUGCAGUGCUCCGCGGAGCUCAAGUUCUUCCUGUGCUCCAUGUACGCGCCCGUGUGCACCGUGCUGGAGCAGGCUCUGCCGCCUUGCCGCUCCUUGUGCGAGCGCGCGCGCCAGGGCUGCGAGGCGCUCAUGAACAAGUUCGGCUUCCAGUGGCCUGACACGCUCAAGUGCGAGAAGUUCCCGGUGCACGGCGCUGGCGAGCUGUGCGUGGGCCAGAACACGUCGGACAAGGGCACCCCGACGCCCUCGCUGCUGCCUGAGUUCUGGACCAGCAACCCACAGCACGGCGGCGGAGGGUACCGGGGGGGCGGCUUCGCGGGGGGCGCCGGCGCGUCGGAACGAGGCAAGUUCUCGUGCCCGCGCGCCCUCAAGGUGCCCUCCUACCUCAACUACCACUUCCUGGGGGAGAAGGACUGCGGCGCGCCCUGCGAGCCGACCAAGGUAUACGGGCUUAUGUAUUUUGGGCCGGAGGAGCUGCGCUUCUCGCGCACCUGGAUCGGCAUCUGGUCAGUGCUAUGCUGCGCCUCCACGCUCUUCACGGUGCUCACGUACCUGGUGGACAUGCGGCGCUUCAGCUACCCGGAGCGGCCCAUCAUCUUCCUGUCGGGCUGCUACACGGCAGUGGCCGUGGCCUACAUCGCCGGCUUCCUGCUGGAGGACCGGGUGGUGUGUAACGACAAAUUCGCGGAGGACGGGGCGCGCACAGUGGCGCAGGGCACCAAGAAGGAGAGCUGCACCAUCCUUUUCAUGAUGCUCUACUUCUUCAGCAUGGCCAGCUCCAUCUGGUGGGUGAUCCUUUCGCUCACCUGGUUCCUGGCGGCCGGCAUGAAGUGGGGCCACGAGGCCAUCGAGGCCAACUCGCAGUAUUUUCACCUGGCCGCCUGGGCCGUGCCGGCCAUUAAGACCAUCACCAUCCUGGCGCUGGGCCAGGUGGACGGCGAUGUGCUGAGCGGGGUGUGCUUCGUGGGGCUCAACAACGUGGACGCACUGCGCGGCUUCGUGCUGGCGCCACUCUUCGUGUACCUGUUCAUCGGCACGUCCUUCCUACUGGCCGGCUUCGUGUCCCUCUUCCGCAUUCGCACUAUCAUGAAACACGACGGCACCAAGACCGAGAAGCUGGAGAAGCUCAUGGUGCGCAUCGGCGUCUUCAGCGUGCUCUACACGGUGCCAGCCACUAUCGUCAUUGCCUGCUACUUCUACGAGCAGGCCUUCCGGGACCAGUGGGAGCGCAGCUGGGUGGCCCAGAGCUGCAAGAGCUAUGCUAUCCCCUGCCCCCACCUCCAGGCGGGCGGCGCCCCGCCGCACCCGCCCAUGAGCCCUGACUUCACAGUCUUCAUGAUCAAGUAUCUUAUGACGCUGAUCGUGGGCAUCACGUCAGGCUUCUGGAUCUGGUCCGGCAAGACCCUCAACUCCUGGAGGAAGUUCUACACUAGGCUCACCAAUAGCAAACAGGGGGAGACCACCGUCUGAGACUAGGGACUCAGCCCAUUCCCAGCCCUCAGCCUGGUCCCAGCCACCCCAAAAUGCUGGCCCUAUGGAAUCCUUGCCAAGUCUGGCUACUCGAGGCUUUCUCAGUAGCCAUUCACUUUCGCGGGCUCCUUUUAACAACAAGGCUCCUGCAAAAGCUCUGUCCCUGGGGGCAAAGGGACUCGAGGGCCCAACUGCCAGAGCAGGAUGGACAGACCUCUCUUGCUCUGGUACCGGGACUGUACGCUUUUAUGAUUGUAAAUAGCCUGUGUAAGAUUUUUGUAAGUAUAUUUGUAUUUAAAUGACGACCGUUCACGGGUUUUUCUUUUACUUUCCUUUUUUGUUUUUGGUUUAAAUUGUAAUUAUUUAGGGCGGUUUAACCAUUUGAGACUUUUUCUUCUUGCCCUUUGCAGAGUACCGCAGAGAGAAAACCAGAGCUCACUGCUCGUUGCUUCUGUUGGUGCUGGCGCGCCCCUCCCUGACGCGGGGUGGGGAGUGCUUGGGUUUGCACCGCCCGGAUCACUUUCCUGCUCCUCUGUCUGCUCCCUCCCUCCCCAUGCUUGCUGGGGUCUGGGCUCUUAAGGUACAGAACUCCACAAAGCUUGCAAGUCCGAGAGUGGAACCCCGCCCAUCCCAAGUUAGCCCUUGUCCGGGGCCAGAUUGCAAAGGCCUGUCCCUUAGACUAUCCGAAGCUGAAAUUUUCACUGUCCAGAACCCUACCCCUAGCUUCGAGGAGGCCCACGGAUGUGGGCACUGGCAGCUGCAGCCUCCCUCGCUCUGGCCUCAAACGCCCAGACACUCCCUUCUUCCACCUAAGUUGGUUAGAGGGUGAGUGGGAUAACCAAUGCCAAACUUUUCUUAAGUCUAAUUUUUGGUGGAUGAGCUCAUUUCAUUCUCCAGCGUCUAAAACCUGGUAUGGGUUCGCCCAGCGUCAUGGAAAGAUGUGGUUACUGAGAUUUGGGAAGAGGCAUGAAUCUUUGUGUGGGUUGGGAGAGACUGAAGAUGGGAGUUAUAAAAUGUUAAUUCUAAUUGCAUACGGAUGCCUGGCAACGUGCCUCUAGGAUUGAGACAGCCUGCAUAAAGAUUUACCGUUCUGUAAAAUGGAAAUGUUAGGUCACCUGGAAAGCUUUGUUAAGGAGCUGAUCUUUGCUUUCCUUAACAGGACAGCAAAACGGUAAACUGAAUAUGAAAACUUGAAGGAGAUUUCAGUGUAAUGGACGUCCUCAAAAUGAAGUGCUACUUUCUUAUUUUCAAUCAAAUAAUAAUUAGACAUAUAUCAGAAACUUUAAAAUGUAAAACUUGUACACUUUCAACAUAUUCCUACGAUUAUUAUUCAACAACACAUUCUGAGGGAGAAACAAUCCACAUCACUAAUAAUAACCUGGUAAGAUUCCAGGAGGUAAAGGAGGUGGAAUAAUUGAUGGGAUUAGCUCCUGAAAUAAACAAAAUAUGGGCAUGCAUGCUAAAGGGAGAAUGUGUGCAGGUCUACUGCACUAAAUCCUGUGUGCUCCUUUUUGGAUUUACAGAAAUGUGUCAAAUGUAAAUCUUUCAAAGCCAUUUAAAAAUAUUCACUUUAGUUCUCUGUGAAAAAGACGAGAAAAGCAAUCCUCCUGAUGUAUUGUUUUAAACUUUAAGAGUUUAUCAAAAUGCCGGUACUUAGGACCUAAAUCUAUCUAUGUCUGUCAUACCCUAAAAUGACAAUGGUCUUUGAAUUUGGUAUGCAUUUAUUCUGUUCAUUAUCACAAAAUCAUCUAUAUUUAUAGAGGAAUAGAAGUUUAUAUAUAUAAUACCAUAUUUUUAAUUUCGCAAAUAAAAAAAUCAAAGUUUUGUACAAAAUUAUAUGGUCUUUGUGCCUGAAAAUAAUAGAGCUGGAACUGUAUGCACUAUGAACUACCUUUACAUUUUAUAGUGUCUAUAGCCAAUCCCACAGUAUAUAAAUUCAGGAAUUUCAACGAAAAAGUCUAUCUUUAAACCUUCAGAUCAGUCCUUCCAAAGAAUUAACCGACUUGCAUUGUAGUGAUUGAUGUUGUGAAGUCCCUAGGAAAGAUCUGUUUCCAUGACAGUAACAAUAUAAAACAGAAGUUUGCAAAUUAUUUCUUUACUCAAAGAAGAUUAUUAAAAAGAGAACUCUAAUUUUAUUACAGCUUUUUUUCUUUUAAAGGGUAAAUUAACGUAACUUUCUAUAAUAUAGAGGUUUAUUUUUAAAUCAUCAACCAUCAUCUUUGUCACGAUUUUUAUGAAGUAUUAUCUUAUACUUUCCAUAAUCUUGGAUAUUCCAAAACCAUAAAUAGGCAAUCAAUAAAUGGUUAACUGCCUGUGUGUUUAUAAGCAUUUUAAGCAGCAGUUGGGUGUAUAAGGCUGUUUUGUUGUUUGCUUCUGAAGAUCCAUUUUUAUAUUGUUCAAGGAACCUUCCCUAGAGGAAUUAUCUGGUUGGUCUACUCUUAGUUAGAAUUAAUGUAAGUGUAUAACAUGUAGACUGUAUAUAUACAUAUGUCUAUAUCUCUCUAUAAAAUAUACACAUAAGUAUACACAUACUAAUUUUUAUAAAAUUACAAAGUUUACUUAUAUAUUUUACAAUAUGGAAAUAAGGUUAUGAGAAAAGGAGAAUGCCAGAUGGAAAACCUCAAAAACCUUUGGAAGACAAGUCUCUUAUUCCUUUAUACACUAAAAAUAUCUAUAUUAAAUUUUCCCAUGAAAACAUUUUGUGAUAAAAUGACAAGGGGCUAAAAUGAAGACCUUUAAUACAAUAGAGUUACUUUCAUGGUUAUAAGACAGUUGUCUUAUAAGUCAUCAUCAUUAUUUAUUUUCAGGCAAAUGAAAAACUUAAAUCUAAUUGAAAAUAGAGCAUUCAGUUUUAAUUAGCAAGGUGCAACUUUAUGUUCUUUUUUUCUUUGUUACAUUAAUCUAAUAUAGUAGAUAUUGGAGAAGGUUUUAUUGUGUAGGCACACAAAAAAUAGCAAUUCUUAGGCUAAAUUAAAACAGGUCUUCUCACUAGAUUAUUCAACAGAUAGUUUCUGGAAAAAAAUUUUUAAGAUUAUUAGUCUCUAUUCUAAGAAUAAAUACAAAGCAUUCUUACUGUGGGUGUCCUUAAAAUGAUGUAACUAUAAAAUUUGAUGCAGACAGGUUUUAAAAUGCUGGAUUUAAGUAAUUUGAAAAGACAUUUUUAAGCCACCAGCAGGCUUUGUUUUUACAAAACAACUUGUUUUAAAUUGUGUAGCAUAUAGAAAGCCAGUGUAUUCUUUUGUUUCUUUCAACAGUGAUGGCAAAAUAAGACUUGCCUGAAGAACCAUAAAGCUACUGGGAAUAUGGUCCCAUUAAUAUGCUGUUUCCAUGACAAACCCUAUUUUCAGAUUAUUUGGUUUGCCUAUUUUAUUUUUUUAAACCAGCUAUCAAUUGGAGUCAAUUUUCCCCCUUACUGUGUGUGUGCUUGGUUCAGCUUUUGUAGUAAAUAUAUACAUAGUAUGAAAGCUUUCUGAUGCUCUUUAAAAAAAA